CACGGCCAUGGCUUCCAGCGGUGUAAAGUAUGGGCGUGUGUUCCUGUCGCCGGACGCCCAGGGCGUACUGACCUCGUUCCUCCACGGCACCUUCAGGGCCUACUUCGGCGUCGCCUUUGCUUCCUUUAUCAUCAAAUACCACCAGUUCCUCACCCUCUCCAAGCAGGGCCAGCGCCUCAGGUUCGAAGAGAUGACGCCCGGCGGGAUCCUGCCCAUGUCAAUCGGACAUGUCAAUGGUUCAGUUGUUGAGAAACUGAGACUACAUGGCAAACGCAGAGGCAUUUUCAAGAUGUUGAGACGGAUCCCUUCAGCCUUGUAGGCUGGUAUAUGUCAGAAACUUUAAGUUGCGU